AUGAUGACAUCAAGGAGCUUUUGGUGCUCUCUUGUACUGCUGGGGGUUUUCCCACUGGUCACAAGGGGAUGGAUGGAUGUGGACCAGAGCAGGAGCCUGUAUUCGGAUGUGGGGAGGUUGCACCAAGAGGACUCCAGAAGGUUUGAAGUUACAAGAAGAAAAGGGCUGGCGGGGCAGGACGGGCUGCGGGCGCCCUGCGAGGGAAGGUCCUGCGGCCGGGGCAGCAGGUGUGUGCUCAACAGGGACACCCAGCAGCCCGAGUGCCGCUGUGUCGAGGACUGCAAGUCCAGCUACAUGCCCGUCUGCGGAUCUGAUGGCAGGUUCUACGAAAAUCACUGUCAGCUGCAUCGCGCCUCGUGCCUGCAGAGGAAGAAGAUCUACAUUAUCCACAGCAAGGACUGUUUCUUCAAAGGGGACAGCUGCACCGUGGCAGACUACAGCCGGCUCAAGAGCAUCCUGCUGGACCUGCAGGCUCGCCGGCAGAGCCCGCCCAGCAGCCUGGCCAAGGACAGGCUAGCCCAGAAGCGCUUCCUGAUUGAAGAGCUGUUCAAGCACUUGGAUCUGAACAGUGAUGGGCAUCUCAGCAGCUCUGAACUGGCUCAGCCAAUGAAGAAGGAGGACCUGGAGGAUGAUUUACUGGGUUGUACACUUGAAGACCUUCUCCAGUUUGAUGAUUACAAUAAUGAUGGCCACCUGACCCUGCAGGAGCUCUACACAGCCUUCCAGGUGGUUCGGCUGAGCCUGCCGGAGGAGCAGAGGGUCACUGUGACCACCAUCACCGUUGGCCUCAGCGCCGUGCUGACCUGCAGCAUCCGCGGGCCGCUGCGGCCUCCCAUCGUCUGGAAACGCAAUGGCGUCGUCCUCAACUUCCUCGACCUGGAGGACAUCAACGAUUUUGGAGAAGAUGAUUCCCUCUACAUCACCAAGGUAACAACUAUUCACAUGGGCAAUUACACCUGUCAUGCCUACGGCUAUGAAGAGCUGUAUCAGACCCACAUCCUUCAGGUGAAUGUGCCUCCGGUGAUCCGCGUCUACCCCGAAACGCAGGCGCAGGAGCCGGGCGUGUCAGCAAGCCUGAAAUGUCACGCUGAAGGCAUCCCUAAUCCCCGAAUUACCUGGCUAAAGAACGGCAUUGAUAUCAUGCCAAAACUAUCCAAACAACUAUCGCUCCUCGCAAACGGAAGUGAACUUCAUAUCAGUAGUGUUCGCUAUGAGGACACCGGUGCCUACACCUGCAUUGCCAAAAAUGAGGUGGGAGUGGACGAGGACAUAUCUUCCCUUUUCAUCGAAGAUUCAGCAAGAAAGACCCUUGCAAACAUACUGUGGCGAGAGGAAGGCCUGAGUGUUGGGAAUAUGUUCUAUGUCUUUUCUGAUGACGGGAUCACAGUCCUUCAGCCAAACGAAUGUGAAAUCCGGAGACAUAUCAGGCCUGAAGAGAGGAUUUUCACAAGUUAUGAGGAGAUCUGUCCUAGAGUGGAAGGUGAAGACACUCAGUCCUGCCUCUGGGCUUCAGCAGUCAAUGUCAGAGACAAGUACAUUUAUGUGACACAGCCAAAGCAGAACAGAGUAAUGAUAAUUGAUAUCCAGACUCAAAAAGCCAUACAGUCCUUGGAUGUGGACCCAUUACCAACCAAAUUACAUUAUGACAAGUCCCACGACCAAGUGUGGGUACUCAGCUGGGGAGACAUGAGGAAAUCAUCACCCACACUGCAGGUGAUUCCAGACGCAAGCACUGGAGAGGAUCCACAUGUUAUCCACACACCCUUUGAAGGAGUGGAUGAUUUUUUUAUACCACCUACAAAUCUUAUUAUUAAUCAUGUUAGGUUUGGCUUCAUUUUUAACCGCUCAAAACACGCGGUUCACAAGAUUGACCUGGAGACUGUGACCCACAUCAAGACCAUCCACCUGAAAGCCUACGGCUGCGUGCCUCAGGCCAUGGCGUACACUCACCUGGGUGGCUACUACUUGGUGCAGUGCAGGAGGAACCGCUCGGCAGCCGCCUCGCUGCAGCUCGUCAUCGACAGCGUCACCGACGCCGUCGUGGGCCCCAACGGCCGCGUGUCGGGCACGCCCCACGUGUCGCCGGACGGGCGGUACCUGGUCAGCGCGGACCAGGGCAGCGGCAGGAUCACAGUCCAGGCUCUCACUGUCCGAGGGGAAAUCAAGCUGGUUUAUGACUUAAAAACAAACAUACACGUGUCUGAUCUGACAUUUCAGCCCUCCUUCACUGAAGGCAAUCAGUACUAUGUAUAUGCUACUUCACAUUUGCAAACAGAUGUGCUUUUUGUAGAGCUGUCAACGGGGAGAAUGAAUCUGCUGAAGAAUUUAAAGGACCCCAUCACGUCCAAAGACUGGCCCUGGAGCAGCUACAACAGAAUUAUGAAAGACAGUGGAUUAUUUGGACAGUAUCUCAUUACACCAGCUAAAGAUUCCUUGUUUGUUAUAAAUGGGAGGCAAAAUACAUUACGCUGUGAGGUUUCAGGUAUAAGGAGGGGUAACACAGUGGUCUGGGUUGGGGAGGUAUGA